AAAUGAUAUAUCGUUUAAUAAAAUUAUAUUUCCCAACCAACUUAUAUUUAGUUGGUCUAGUGGUGAUUGACACUAGAUUUGAUAGGGAGAACUAUGGAUCUCCCACAACUCCGAUCGAGAGGAGACUGAAACCACUUGAGGUCAGAACUGACCCCGAACCAGACUAAAGCGGUGGUGACUGAGGAUGCGGGCAUUAUAAGUCAUCGGCCGUCUCACUCUCACUCUCACUCUCAACUGUACUCUCUCACUGUAGCGACCAUUUCCAUGAACAUUCCGGCGAUUUCUACAAGCCACCACCAUCUCACUCUCACUUUCAACGUUCUGUGAUGACUUUGCUCAACAAGAAGGCCAAUCAAAAUGAUCGAAUCAGCGACUUACCAAGUAAUGUCAUUGAUGAAAUCCUAGAAAACUUGAAAAUCCGAGACCAAGUUAGAACUAGUAUUUUGUCAAGAAAGUGGAGGUAUAUGUGGACUUCAGUCCCACAUCUUUGUUUUGACAACGACUUUUUUAGAAGGCAUAUGCAUGGUGAUGACCCUUAUCCUCUAGUUUAUAAAAUCAUCACGCAUGUUCUUAUGCUCCACAAUGGGCCUAUACACAAGUUUUCUAUUGCUCGAUGGAGAGAAUACGAAUUCCCGAUCUCAAUAGAAAAACUCAUUAUGUGGAUCCCCUUUAUGUCAAACAACAUUAAACAUCUUGAGCUUUUGACCUACUGUGCUCGUGAAGAUGAAAAUCAAAUGCCGGAUAUUCUCUUCUCUUGUAAGGAAUUGACUUACUUCAAAUUGAGCUCAUUUAACUUGUACAUUCCACAUAAUUUCUACGGCUUUAAAAAAUUGCUUGAACUUCACUUGGAUUGUAUUGAAAUAGAGUCAAGUGCACUUGAGAGUUUUAUGUCUGCUUGUCCGUUUCUUGAAAAGCUCAACCUUGAUUGUUGUUCUGGUUGUGAUAAUCUUGUUAUAUCUUCUCCUUCUCUCAAAGUCUUGGUGCUGGAAUUGAUUGAUACAGAGUCAGUUUGUCUCAAGAAAGCAGUUAAUCUGAUUGAUUUUACACUCACGGCAUGUCGGAGCAGAGUUUCUAUCAUAAGUUUGCCAAAAAUUAAGAGGUUUUCUCUGGACGGAUGGGAUCAGCAUGAAGACAUCGUUCCUGCCACGCUGUUAACAAGCUCAUUCAGCUCUUUAGAGUAUCUAAAAUUGGGUGGCUUAAAAUUGAAUGAAAGAGGAGAACUUUUGCAUAUUGUUAGUAUACUCAAAAGUGCUCCUAGCUUGGUUAAACUUAAUAUAAAGAUUUUCCCCGAAGUUAAUACCACACAAAUGAUGGAACAUUCAAAGGAGUUAGAAUGCUGUAGUUGUUUCCCUAAACUUCAGACAGUGAAUGUGAUUAUCUCUGUUGGAGCUAGCUCUGAACAACAUACAUUGAGUUUGAUAAAGUUCAUACUUGCAAAUUCUGCUUCGUUAAAGACUCUUACAUUUUAUUUUUGUAGUCGCGAUAAAUUAGAUGCACCUAUGUUGUUAAAAGUUUCACAAGACUUUUUACGGAUGGAACGAGCAUCACCAAGAGCACAGGUUAACUUCCUUCAGACUACUUUUGGACGAAAACAUCUUAUUAUCUAGGACGAUUGAAUUCUGCCAUCCAUCAUGCCUCGAAUCCAAUGACCAGUAAAUUUUAUAUGGAAACAAUGAUGAUAAAAAAGUUGUAUAGUAGAAAUCAAUGGCGGAGAUUGCAACUGAACAAGCUGCAGGAGAGAAUCUGGAUCCUUUAUUAAAAAGGAACGAGAGUAUUUGGGGAUGUGCUGAAAGUGGUUGUAUUGUUUGAUGCAAUGAACUUGUACUUACGUAGCUAAAUGGUACUACGUGUUCGGUGAAGAGUCUGAAAGUGGUUUGUAAUUCUCUGUGAAUUAACUUUCUAUUUUGCUUGUUUGUUGGUUUUAGAAUUUUGGAUGAUGAUGAACUAUGAAUGUUUAAAUGACAAUUUUCAUGUUUUCUAA